AUGCAUCAAGAGCCUAAUUCCAUCAGUAUGCAACAAGGCAUACCCCCAACCCAACCAAUCGCGGAACCGGAGCCUCUAAAGCGGCCUUCAGAGCCCCCAACACCAACGCAAUCAACAAAACAGACAAUCUCCCCAAAGCAGUCUGCAAAUCUAUCGACAAAACAACUAGGCAAGCAAUCAGUCAACCUAUCCACAAAGCGCACAACACCAAGCCUCAACGACUCAGCCUUUACGCCACUUUCCAUGCAAGCACUAUACUACGCCCCGGAAGGCCCACUCAUCGAGGUCAUAGAGGGGAUCCCAGAGGGAGAAAUAACCGACGUCAACUCCCCAGACACAGAAACAACCGUAAUCCGCAAGAAAGGAACAGACCUCGUCUUCGAUGCAAAAUUCCCAACACCCCACCCCACCUCGCAACAAUACCUCCUAAAAGUCCACACAGCAGCCUUUUGCCAUGAUGAGAUCCGCCUCGCAACAGCCCUAAACCCACCAAUCACAACGCCGCGCAUCCCCCUGCACAGUAUCUGCGGCACGGUAGCUAGCACGCCGCGCGAGCACGACAAACGCGAAGAAGGUCCACGCUUCAGGCUUGGCGACCAGGUCUUCGGGCUUGUCAGCUAUAAGCGCGAUGGCGGCGCGGCCGACUACGUCGUAGCAACGGAGGCCGAGAUGGCGCCGAAGCCGGAUAAUAUUGGUGUUGCGGAGGCGGCGGCCCUGGCGUUGCCGGCGUUGACGGCUUGGCAGGCGCUGUUCCGCUAUGCGGGUCUGGAUCCUGAUGUGCCCCGUGCGCUGAAUACGGAUGAUGAAGAAUUUGGCAGUGGUGGGAAUGGAACGGGGAGGUGGGAAUGGCAGCGGAGGAGGCGUGAGACUGUGCUCGGUAGUGCGGACUAUGGGUAUGGGCAUCGCAAGAGCACUAAUGGGAAUGGGAAUGGGAAUGGGGCUGCGAGUGGCAGGAGCAGUGGGCGGAGUCCGGGUGAUACGGGUGGCGGAGUCGAACAGCGCAGCGAGAUGAUGAACGAUAAUGCCAGUGGUAGUGGGGCCGGAACUGGAAAUGGGAAUGGGAAUGGGAAAUGGGCCUGGCAUUGGAAUCGCCGCGAUACAAUCCUCAACGACAAAGCGAGCGGUGCUGGUUUGGGCGCUGGCUCGGGCAUUGGGAACAUCGACAAGUUGGCUCGCCCUGCCAGCAAAGUCGAUUCAGCUCAACUACCCAAUGCAAAUGGCACCAACACUGCUAAGUCCAACGGCAGUAUUCGCCGAGAAAGCCUCAUCAGUCUAGUCAGCGGAACCCCCAAGGCAACGGGCAAAGCGCCCCGCGCAGCAAGCACCAUUGAUCCAAACCCCAAGAACACAGUCCGCCGCAACAGUCUGAGCACCCUCAUCCGCGGCAACUCCAAAAGCAACAACCCCGGCGGCGCAGCCGGCUCCAAUGCCAGCGGCACAAGCAGCACGCGCCGUGGCAGCCUCUUGAAUCUCGUGGGCGAAGCAAGCCGCAGCCGUCUGGGCAGCAUAAUGGGCAAUCCACCUGCAAGCGAGACGCAAAAGCCAGCGAAUAUCCGAGUCCUCAUUACGAACGCGCGAGACAACGAAAUCGGCCGCAUAGCGGUGCAGAUUCUGCGCGUAGACGCGCUGUUCCCGGCGCCUGUGCGGCCGUGGGUGUGUGUUACGUGCACGCCUGCGGAAACGGAGAUCAUCGAGAACGACUGGAAGGUUGAUGAGAUUAUUGUUGUUCCGCACCUGCCGUCUCCGAGCGAGUGCGAUAUUGCGAGGGUGUUCCGGGCGCGGCGGUGGCAACCUGUUGAUAUUGUGCUUGAUUGUGCUGGGGGUGAGGUUUUCCGGGCAUCGCAUGCUGCUGGGGUUGUUAAGGAUCAUGGGGCUGUUUUGACGGUUGUUGAUUUGAAGGUUGCUAUGCAGUCGCCGCUUGUGCCGGAGAAUGAUGAGCUUGGGGAGAAGAAGAGAGGGAUUCUUAGUCGGUUUGUGCCUGUUAAUCCGGAUGGGCCUGCUAUUGAGCGGAUUGGGGAGUUGGUAGAGGAGGAUCUGAUCAGGGGGAAAGAGGCUAGGGUUGUUAGUCUUGCGAGGGCUGCGGAUCUUCUGGCUGCUGGGGCUGCGGGGACUGCUGGAGGGUUGAGGGGGGACAUGGUUGUGGUCAAGGUGCAAUGA